GGCCCUUUAUGUUGUGCUUUGUUAUGCAUUUCGUGUGCGAGGCCCUUCGAAGCAUGUUGUGCAGACUUCUCUCUAAUAUUACGCAGAACAGAAAACAUUUUUUAAAUAAAAAUUUUCAAAAAUAAACUGCACAUGAAUAAAUUCUUAGUGCAAGGAUAAUUUAGAAUUUUUUAAUUUCGAAAUAUUUCCAUUAAAUUUUGCCGAAUGUUUGAGGUUAUAGCCCCAUGCUUUCGUUCACCUUCACGCGUGAAAACACUGAUACUCGAUAUACAAAAUAUGUGAGAUAACUUGAAAAACAACGAUUGUACAAGAUUCGAGUAUAAUUUGUACAAGUUUAUCUAUAAUACACAAAAUUAAGUAUCAGUAUUAACUAAUACAAAUUAAUAAUAAUCGCAUACUACAAUUCAACGUUUAGUUCUAUUUUAUGUACGUCGAGAAUAUUUAAGUAUCUGGUAAGCUUGCAAAAUUAGAUUUAUAUGUGAUUAUUUUUUAAGCAUGAAAAAGGGGAAUGCAAGGAUGAAUAUAUAUAUAUUCAUAUAAGUAUAUGCGUUUCCCAUUUUAUAAGAUAUUUUACAAUUUUUAAGAAAAACUAUAGUUUAUAAAGGAUAAUUCUAAACAAGUGUAAAGCAUGGAUGAGAUUGAUUAUAAAUUGAGAUCACAAAAUCCUACUUUGAUAUCGCACGCAAUAUCUAAGCUGAUUGAGAUUAUCAGAAAAAAAUUGGAAGUGGAAAAAGAUAUUUUAAAAAUAUCAGAAUUCAAAUUACUCUCGUCCAAAUGCAACAGCGAUGACUCUAUAGUUAGCACGUCUGCGUGCCAAGCGCUGGUUGUGCUUGGCGAGACUGGAUUGUGGGAUGUUAAGUCUGCACUAGCAACAUUCAUGGGGUGCCUAUCCUCUUCAAAGAAUUACCAGGCGAUCACUGUGGCAGUGAGUCAACUGUUGAUAUUAAAUUGGAAGUCGCGCGAUAAAUGCAAUGAAUAUACUCUCCAAGUCCCUACUCAGCAUCCAUUUAUCACGAUUCUAACUCAGGAUAAACGUAGUUGGAGAUCCAUUCUGAAUCAAAUGAAGUUUAUCCUGCAUCAUCACGAUCGACGUGUUAUGGAGCAAAGCGUGCAACUAUUGCGACCUGUAUUCGUACAUAUACUUUGCGAUCCUUCCAUGGAUUCGUGUGAAAGUUGCAAACGAGAGGCAUGGCAACUUGUAAUCAAGUCUAACGACACUACGAAUUUACGAAAGGAGAUUCUACUCUGGUUGUGCACAAAUCGAGCGGACACUUGCAUCGAUGCGAAUUAUCGAAUUCUCGAGCUUGCAGAUUUAAUGUUACUGAAGAGAGAUAAGGAAUUUUGUACGGCAUUGGUACCUCUGAUCGCGUCACUGACGAUACAACUUUUGGAAUACGGUCACGAACCGGUGCAGAAUUUUUACACGAUACUGGAUCUUUUUGAAUAUUGUUACAGUUAUAUAGGAAAUAUUACGAUAGCUUUGAUGGCGGAAAUAAUUUUGAUAUGUCCCGCAGCUUAUUUACUUAACGCCUUCCAAAUAUGUACAUUUAUCGUGGACAAAAUGCCGUGCCAUGUUACGUUAUUAAACGCAUUAGCUGCAGCCUUGUUAAAAUGGUUAGCCUAUCCGUCUUUAUUGUGCUCCGACGCAUCAAUGAUGGCGAAAAAAUUGUUAAUCGAGAUAAUGUCGCGAAAGAAAAUGAACAGCGGUAACGAUACUGUUUCAAACGAGAUGCUGCUCGUAUUCAACUGUAGCGAUAGAUAUAUCCAAUUUUAUACGGAACUCCUCCACAGUCUGUAUUCUCUGGAAAAUGAGACUCCGUCGUGGUUGGAGAACCUGUCGCUCGCACCGAUCGAUCUGAGAUACAUGUGCAAGCUAGUCCUGUGCGGGAUCUUUCUGCAUAGCGACGAACCUCCUGUCGUGCGGAAAGUCUGUCGCAUUCUUGUACAAAUAACGAGAGAGAUCAACUCCUUCGCGUCGCACAUGAUGUCCCUGCUGCUCCAUAAAUUAACCAAAACUCGCGAUAGCUCCACGCUAAAAUACCUGUUGCUGACUGUCCCAGAGUUCGCCGUGACCAAGGAUAAUCUGCCGAUCGUCAUCCACACGUUGGACACACUGUUGAACAACGGCAAACCGCUCAAGUAUUUCGCGAUUCAGCUUUACACGAAGGCGUUGAAGAGCGAGCCGCGCUGUUACCGUUUCGUAUCUACCGCUCUGAUGGAUACCAUGGAGAAGGAUCGUAGCUGGCACUCGGACGUGGUAUGCGCCCGGGCGAUAAACUAUAUUUGCGAGAGCUGGCCCGAGCACGGCGAGGAACUCGUGCCGCUGUUGUCGCAAAUUCUGAAUCGGUGCAUCGACCAGAACGGCGGUGCGGCCAGUGCACUCGCGCUCGACAGUCUCUCAGCCUUGUGCAAGUCCGCUGUGAUAGGCGUUCAUUCUAUGUGGCAAGUGUUGGCGCCAAAGAUGCGCAAGGAGAAGCGCACGGUGGUGCUGGAGAGUCUUUGCGAGCUCUUUGCGAAUGUUCCCUCGUACCCGUAUCGUUCGGGCGAAGACUACGACAGCUUCAUCGUAGAGGUUGUAACGCUUCUGUGGAGCUACACGAUCUGCUACGAUACGAGAGUCGCGAGAGCAGCGUUCAAGGCGUUGAAAUCUUACCAUGUGGAACGAAUUCCUUUGAGUGCUUUACCUUUGGACUUCCGAGCGGACAUUAAUAAGACGAGUAACGAAGACACGCGAUCCGAGGAUUCGCUGCAGUACGUACCAGGCACUUGUUGGAUCCAGAUGCUGAAGAAUGUGAACGGGAGCAUCUUAACGGCGGCCGGAGAUCUUCUGAUUUUCUACAUUAGUAACGAAUUGGAAGGCUUCAAAAAGCGAAUAUACUAUUGGCCGCAAGGAGAACCGCAAAACUUCAAGUACCUACCGGAGAGAAGCGUAAUAAGGGCCGUCGGUGAGUACUUGAGACGAGGCGAUUCAUCUAAUCGGAUAGUCACGAUGGAAUGUUUACGCGUAUUCGCUCACAAGUACAAGAAAGCGAUACCGAACGUAAAGUGGGACUUCUUGAAAGAAACCAUGCAGAUAUCAGAGGAGGCGCGGGAGUACGGUCUGUCCAUCGCGAGCCGUCACUGCAAGAUCUCGCAGUCAGCGAAAUUGUUGAUGGAAAGUUUUCUGUCUAAAUACACAUGCCGAUCGGAAGCCGGUCGAUUGCUACUGAAUGAGAAACAUCUGGUGUUUUACUCGAAUCUGGAGGAACUGUGCGAGGCUAUUCCGCCGAAUAAAUUAAAAGGAUUUCUCGAAACUUCUCUCUACUAUGCCAUUGACAGGAUUUUAUUGAACGACGAGAAAUCCGUACAUCUGUUCAAUCACAUUAUGUCCUCUUAUGUCACCGCUUUGAAAAACAACUCGAUACAAAUAGGAAAUCGCACGCUGCUAACCCUCAUAUUGGAAGAGAUAACGGAAAAAGUCAAUUUAACGUCUAAACAUUUCGAAAAGUAUUUCGCGGCUGUAAUGGAAUUGCUGGCCAAGGACGUCGAAAGGAUGACGUCGCCUAGUACUUGGUGGGUAGAAACACCGGAAAAAUUGAAGACUGCCAUCGCUAUUAGAGUCCAGACAGCCUUCAAAGGAGAUAUCGGCCCGCAAUUCGCUUGGUUGAAAGAACUUGUCGACGCGACUGAAUCUAAUCCCGAGUUGCAAACAUAUUUGUUGAAAAGCAUACAAAAAGUACAGAAUGAGUUAAGGUUUGAAAAAUUCUGCAAUUUUGAAAUACAAAAAGACUGGAUUCUAGAUUUUAUAGGACACAUCGAUGCGCUUAUGGUAGAGGCUCCAGACGAGAAGAACCGUAUAACUUAUUACUGUGAUAUUUUAUUCAUUCUAGUUAUCUGUCUGUCCGGCGUAGAGUGCCUUCUGCCGAAAAAGGAAUCGCUGGUUACUUCGCGAGACAUUAGGAUAAGAUUGUUUCCACAGGCGAUCUCUAUGCUUAUCGAUCGUCAAGUUUGGAAAUCCAUAGCGCGUCAGAUCAUGAAAUGGUUGAAUCACAUGAGGAACAGUUCUGUACCUGAUGUAUAUAUAUUUGCAUUUCAAAAUGCAUUAAUUUUAUUAAGGCAAGAGGAAGACUACAACUCAGAAUGGAGAAAUUACCUGUCGAUUAAAACUCGCGUUGACAAAUAUAACUAAGAGAAAUAUACGUUUAUAUAAGAAAUAUUUUUUUGUAUAAAAAAAAGGGAAAAUUUUUGCGUUGCGAAUUAAUUUACUUAUCUGUAUUACUCAGCCUUGAAUUUCAUUAACGAUAUUAACCUUACAAUAAUGAACAUCUGUAAAUACAUCUAAUAUCCUACCUCAUUUGUCUAAACCUUAUUACUAAUAAAAUAAUUUCGAUUA